AUGCGGACAUGUUUGUCAUUAGUCAAACUACAUAAGACCCAAACGACUCUUCGGAGAGGUUCAGAGGAAGGAGGUGGAGUCAGAUUCACCGCAAUCAGGUCGCAGGUAAUCCUAGAAUUGUUGGCGUUCAUGUUUAGGAGGGAAAUUACCAGUAAUGCCCUCCGUUUUGUUCGAUAUUCAAAGAAAUGCUUCACCUGCAAGAAUAGUGGCAUGGACCAUGCUGUCAAGGAGCUCAACAUGGAAAUGGAAUCAGUAUUUGGCAAACCCCCAUGUUCCACAAGCCUUGAUGCCAUGAACCACACAACCUUAACUGAAGAACCGAAGGCGGAAAUGACAGAGACCCAACCUGGUCUAACCCAUGUUGACAGCAAAGGGAGAGCACAAAUGGUUGACAUCUCCAAAAAAAAUCCAGAUAGCCGCAGGGUUGCUACGGCUUAUUGCAAAGUUUCUCUUGGCCGAGAAGCCUUCAGUUUGGUGGCCUCAAACCAAUUAUCAAAGGGAGAUGUUCUCAGUGUUGCCAAAAUUGCAGGCAUUUGUGGCGCUAAGCAGACUAGUAGCUUGAUACCUUUGUGCCAUAACAUAACCUUAGAGAGUGUUCAGGUUGAUUUGAGGCUGAAUGAGGAGGAUUGGACAGUCGAGAUUGAAGGAGAAGCAGCCACUACCGGGAAAACGGGGGUGGAGAUGGAGGCGAUGACAGCGGUGGCUAUCGCGGGUCUCACAGUAUACGAUAUGUGUAAGGGGGUGUCGAAGGGUAUAAGGAUCGAGGGCAUCGAGCUACGACACAAGAGUGGGGGCAAAAGUGGAAAUUGGUCUCGAGAAUAAUACUUUUGCCUUUGUUUUUUUUAGCAGUGGAUGAUCUUGGAGGGUGGAUUUGGUGCAGAGAUGGUAGAAUCUUGUGAGGCUGAACAGUCUCAGAUGCAUUCAAAUGCAGUGCAAUGUAAACUGAUAGCAAGUAGAAAGGCUGACGUACAUAGGAGAAGAGGGUGUUUUAAGCAUGGCAAUUACAGUACCUGUUCAUAUCUUGCAUGGAUGUAAACAGGUCCUUGGACUGUACAAUGUCAUUGUCAGAUGACCAUAAAAAACUUUCAUGGAUUUUGAGCCAAAGAAAACAGCACCAGCAGUCUGUUAUCCACUUUCAACGGUCAAUGGAUUUUUAUAUCCACGAUGUAAAAGUGUUAUCAUAUACUUUCCCUUAAUCGCUUAUUACUUCAGUACUACAUGUAAAGUGACGAGAGCAGAGGAGAAUAUUUUGCCCAACUUCAGAGAUAAAGAACUUUCAUACCUUCAGAA